AUGCGGAUCCAGAUCCAAGUCCCAUCCAAAGGAGACUCGUCGGUGCAGGUCUCCAGGCCGCAGGUCCUGACGCUGCAGUCCAUGAUGGGGCAGCAGUCUGGACCCCUGUUCCUGCAGCAGGGGCCCAUGGAGCCGCUGCAGCUGCUGGUUCCUGUGGUGUCGCCCAAAACGGUGUCCUCUCCCAUCAGAGUCCAGGUUCAGUCCUCCCCCAGACCCACCAUCAAGGUCCAGAGUCCAGCUCGGACCACCGUCACCACAGUCACCCCUCCGAGGCCCUUGACCAGUCCCUUCGUGGCCAAGACUGUUACAAGCUCCUCCCCUCUCGUGACCAAGACUCUCACAAGCUCCACCCCCAUCGUGACCAAGACUCUCACAAGCUCCGCCCCCAUGGUGACAAAGGUUCUAUCAGGCGCGGCCCCUGUGGUGAGGAUCCAGAUGCCUGUAAAGACCACUACAGCUCUGAGCUCGCCUCAAAACAAAACCAUCACAGUCGUGAACUCUGCUCCCAAACAGAACUCUGCUCCUGCACAGACCCCUCAAAGCGGCCCCAAACCAGACCCUAAAGAAGAACCUAGUCCAGACCGGAGCCCCACUGCAGAAAACAAAGAACCCAAAGCCAAAAAACAGAAGAAAAAAGAAAAGAAAGCCUUAAAAAUCCAGACCCGGUCCGGGCGAGUCUCCAGACCUCCCAAGUACAAGGCAAAGGAUUAUAAGUUCAUAAAGACAGAGGACCUGGCCGAGUCGCACCCGUCAGACUCUGACGAUUACUCGGACAUGAGUGACGAGGAGGAAGGCCGAGCUGGAGCCCCGCACACUUCUGGACCGACCGCCACAGGCCCCGCCCCCUCAGAGGACUCAGACUCAGUGAUCUGGUACAGCCUCAAGUCCAGGUCUUUCCCGUGCCAGACAUGUGACAAGGCCUACAUUGGCGUGGGAGGCCUUAACCGCCACUACAGACUGAACCCGACUCAUGGAGAGCCAAUAACGCCAGAGGAAGCUGCAGAGAAGGCCCCGCCCACAGGAGACAAUGGCCAAUCAGCAACGUCCAAGGCCUCAGGGGACCACAGUCAGUCACAGCCAAAAAAAGCUCCAUCGCCGGGAGACAUGGACAGUGAAGAAGAGGAGGAUGAGGAUGAAGACGAGGAUGAAGAUGAUGAGGAUGUCCAGCUGCGUGUGCACAGAGGCCCAGGACGUCCAAGGGGGAGGGGGAGGGGUCGUGGACGAGGUCGGGGACGUGGGCGGGGCCGAGGAUUCUCCGUCACGAAGGUGCCAGGCAUAGGGCGAGGCCGUAGGGGGCGCCCUCCUAAAAUACGAUACACUGCAGAAGAAGAAGCUGAGAGAAGGAAAGACCGACUUCAAGAGAUGGUGGACCAGUGUGAAGACGAAGACCUCAUGGACAUCGUUUUGCCACGUCUCUCCAAAGAGAUGAGUCUGUGGGAGUUACUGCUGGCAAAGGUGGACCGUGGCGUCCCCAUGCGACCGCUCUUCCCGGACAUUUACCGUGAGUUCGAGGCUCUGACGACGCAGGUGCGACAGGCGGCACAGGAGUACAUCACCUCCCCCUCCACUCCCCCAUCACCCCCCAGCGGACCCCUGGAGGUGCGCAACAUCGAGGUGGCUCGGUGUCUGGGAAUCUUGGACGAGGUGAACCGUCUGAAGGUCCAGGCCUCCACCUCUUCCACCAAGAACGUCCGCUACAUGGAGAACUCAAAGAUGCUUCCUCCGUCAAAGCGUUUUAAGAUGGAGAACAGUGUGGCGGUGCAUCAGAACGGCCUGGAGUCCAAAACGGAUCUUGUGAGUGUGAAGUCGGUUCCGCUAAGUCCUGUUCUCUCGGAGCCCCGUGCUGCAGCCGCAGAGUCGGAAGCAGAGCCUAGUGCGAUGGAAGUGGACGUCCUCUUGUCCAAUCAGGAGGCAGAUCCCAGUGACAUCACCGCGCAGAUGAACGAACUGGAGGAAGCUCUCAAGUCUCCGCCCCCCUCAACAGACCCUUCCCCUCCUGUCGUGCCCCAGGACACGCCCACCACACCGGUCACACCCCCCCCAACAGAAGACCCUGCCCCUUCCACAACAAGCCCCGCCCCUUCAGCAGAAACGGUGCCCCCGGUGGCAGAGACUGGAUCAGUGUAA